AUUUUAUUUUUACCUCAUUUUCUCAUUUCCAGUCCGUGUCGCUCGUCCUGCUCAGUACAGGUAAACGCAAACUGAGCGGCUUGAGCUGUCUCAGCGACAAUUUCACAAUCGUUUCUGCGAUUAAUGAUGGGUUAUCAUCGUAGAUCUUCUACCGUCACUGCUAAUCUCUGUAGCUUCUCCGGGAGAUUCUCGAUUCCAAUGCGAUUGCAGCUACUCUGUAUUAUUUUGCUGCUAUUAGCAGCGAGACCGGCUGCAUCUUCCUCUGGGAAUCGCAAAAGUGGAAAGUCAUCUGUAUUCUCCUUGUUUAACCUUAAAGAUAAGAGUAGGUUUUGGAGUGAGACGGUCAUACGUGGUGAUUUUGAUGAUCUGGAAUCAUCCAGCACUGAGAAAAUGAGUGCUGUUAACUACACGAAGGCAGGUAACAUAGCAAAUCACUUGAAGCUUCUUGAAGUUGAUUCCCUGUACCUUCCAGUCCCUGUGAAUUUCAUUUUUAUAGGAUUUGAAGGGAAAGGUAACCACGAAUUCAAGCUGCAUCCAGAAGAGCUUGAACGUUGGUUCUUGAAACUGGAUCAUAUCUUUGAACAUACACGGAUUCCACAAGUCAGGGAGGUGCUUACCCCUUUUUAUAAGAUCAGUGUGGACAAAGUUCUGAGGCACCAACUACCCCUUGUCAGUCACAUAAAUUACAAUUUCUCUGUUCAUGCAAUACAAACGGGCGAGAAGGUUACUUCAAUAUUUGAGCUUGCAAGAAAUGUAUUAGCUCGCAAGGAAGAUGUAUCCAGUAAUGGGGAUGGGGAUGAUGCUCUUUGGCAAGUAGAUGUGGACCUGAUGGAUGUACUUUUCACUAGCUUUGUGGAGUACCUCCAACUUGAAAAUGCUUAUAACAUUUUUAUUCUAAAUCUCAAACGUGAUGCAAAAAGGGCUAGAUAUGGAUACCGGAAAGGUUUAUCCGAGUCGGAGAUAAACUUUCUUAAAGAGAACACUCACUUGCAAUCUAAAAUUCUUCAAUCAGAAAGCACACCUGAAGCUAUUCUUGUUCUUGAGAAGAUUAAAAGGCCCUUGUAUGAAAAGCAUCCCAUGACUAAGUUUGCGUGGACAAUAGCCGAAGAUACUGAUACUAUGGAAUGGUACAACAUUUGCCAAGAUGCCCUAAGAAAAGUCGACGAGUUGUAUCAGGGAAAAGAGACUUCUGAUAUCAUUCAAAACAAAGUUUUGCAGAUACUGAAGGGAAAGGAAAGAGAGAUGAGGCUUCGGCUUGAUAAGGAAUUAAAAUCCUUUGAUUUCAGUGGUUUCCAUGCUGAAUGUCUCACAGACACAUGGAUUGGCAAUGAUAGGUGGGCCUUUAUUGAUUUAAGCGCAGGCCCUUUUUCAUGGGGACCUGCUGUUGGUGGAGAAGGUGUACGAACUGAGCUAAGCCUACCAAAUGUGGAAAGGACGGUUGGUGCUGUUCAAGAAAUCUCAGAAGAUGAGGCUGAAGAUCGCCUGCAAGAUGCUAUUCAGGAGAAAUUUUCCGUUUUUGGUGAUAAAGACCAUCAAGCCAUCGAUAUUCUUUUAGCAGAGAUUGACAUAUAUGAGCUUUUUGCUUUCAAAAAUUGCAAGGGAAGGAAAGUUAAACUUGCUCUCUGUGAAGAACUUGAUGAGAGGAUGCGAGAUUUGAAAAAUGAGCUCCAGUCAUUUGAAGGGGAAGAAUAUGAUGAAAAUCAUAAGAGGAAGGCGAUAGAUGCAUUAAAACGGAUGGAGAACUGGAACUUAUUUAGUGAUACAUAUGAGGAGUUCCAGAACUACAGUGUAGCACGUGAUACUUUUCUGGCUCACCUAGGUUCUACACUCUGGGGGUCUAUGAGACAUAUUAUAUCACCUUCACUUUCUGAUGGGUCAUUCCAUUAUUUUGAGAAAGUAUCAUUUCAAUUGUUUUUCAUCACGCAGGAGAAAGUUAGACAAAUAAAACACUUGCCCGUGGAUCUUAAAGCUCUAAUGGAUGGACUCUCCUCUUUGUUGUUACCUUCACAGAAAGCUCUAUUUAGUCAAACCAUGUUACCACUCUCAGACGAUCCUGCUUUGGCAAUGGCCUUCUCAGUGGCACGACGUUCAGCAGCUGUUCCACUAUUGCUUGUUAAUGGAACUUAUCGAAAAACAAUUCGUACCUAUCUUGAUUCAUCUAUACUUCAGUAUCAAUUACAAAGAUUGGAUCAUUCCCAUAAAGGGACGAAUGCCCCUCUUAUGUCUACACUGGAAGUUCCGAUAUUUUGGUUCAUUCAUGCGGAACCUUUAUUAGUUGACAAACAUUAUCAGGCAAAGGCACUCUCCGACAUGGUUAUUGUAGUACAGUCAGAGAUUUCAUCUUGGGAAAGCCAUUUGCAGUGCAAUGGAAAAUCACUUUUAUGGGAUAUGAGGAAGCCUGUCAAAGCUGCUCUGUCUGCUACUUCAGAACAUCUUUUCGGUCUGCUCCCUCUCCAUCUUGCUUACAGUCCAUCCCAUGAUACUGCAGUUGAGGAUUGGAUAUGGUCAGUGGGCUGCAACCCGUUUUCCAUUACUUCCCGAGGAUGGCAUGUUUCACAGUUUCAGUCUGAUACUAUUGCUCGGAGUUAUAUCAUCACAGCCCUUGAAGAAUCAAUACAGCUAGUCAAUUCAGCUAUUCAUCGUUUACUCAUGGAGCGUACUACUGAAAAGUCCUUCAAGCCCUUCCACUCGCAGCAGCGUGAGCUUGUAAAAAAGCAUCAGUAUGUUGUUAGCCUGUGGAGAAGGAUCUCAAAUUUAAUUGGAGAGAUGCGUUACAUCGAUGCAAUAAGAUUGUUGCAUGUCCUUGAUGAGGCAUCCAAAGGGUUUGCUGAUCAAGUAAACACUACAUUAGCUCUGCUUCAUCCCAUUCACUGCUCACGAGAGAGAGAAGUACAUGUCGUGUUUGAUGGGACAACCAUUCCUGCCUUCCUGGUCGUUCUCGGCCUUCUGUACGUUCUUUUAAGACCAAGGCGACCGAAGCCUAAAAUUAAUUGAGAACAACGUACGUAGUCGAUGUGUAUUAUUCAUCAGAGGGAAGCUUUUUCGAGAUGUUGCAGAAAAGUAGAGGUUCAGAGUUUUUUCCUGCUAGUAUCCACAUCGAAAGUCAAAAAUAUUUUAUUACAUGUGGGUAAGUCAGGAUGAGAAAAAUAGGUAUAGACUCUGGGUUUAGCAAGCUUAAGAAGAGGGCAUCAUAUAACAUAGACUGAGGUUGUACAAUAUUUGCUUCAGCCAUUUAUGUUGGGAAAUCAUGGACUGAAUUUGAGCCCUAUCUGAAAUUUUGCUAUUCACAGCACAUCCAAAUUGUGAUAAAAGUUUAUUUCUUCAGUCCCUUAUAGAAGAUGGCAUUUGGAAUAAUUUUUUCCUUUAUGUGAUCUAAGCUUUAUAUUGUUGGGAA